AUGGAAAACCUAUCAAAUCUUAGAGAUAGGCUGAUUUUAAUGGAAGACAUGGCCGAGUUCAAAAAAUUGUUUAUCUUCUUCUCAUGUGCUACAUUACUUGCUCCAACAUCAAAGUUGGAUGGUAGUCAUGAGUUGUGGUGUACUUUGCUUGCUGGAGACUUUGACAUCAAUGUUAAUUGGGGUCAAUUUGUACUUGACACAUUGGUUGCUGGAAUUAGACAUUUUCGAUUGGGUAAAGGCUCAUGGUUUACAGGUUGCCUUAUUUUUUUACAGCUUUUUUAUGUAAAUAAAUUUUACAUUCCAACCAUGUUGGUACCACGUACCAUCCCAAUAUGUGCAGCGUGGACUGAUGACUUGAUGAAGAAAAGGGUGCAUGCGAAAUUGCAUGAUUAUGGUGAUUUUGGACUAGCUGAUGUUCAAGAAGAUGAAAGGAAGGAAGAUGCACAUGAAGACCCUGGUAAUCCAGUAAAUGAAAUUGAAGAAGAGACUACUGAUGAAAUUAUAGCAGAAUAUAAUGCAGUAGAGAGACAAAUUCACCAAUUGCUUCGAACAAUGAGAGGAGCAAUUGGUAAACUAGCAAAGCGGCAGAAUACAAAUAAAACCCCAUCAUCUUCUCAUCAAAGCAGAAGUCAUAAUCAACCUGAUAUCAAUGAUUCUUUCCCAUCACCACCACAUGAUAAUGUAGGCCCAUCAACCUCACAGCCAGCAGCGCAGCAUAGCAUUGAGGAUGAAGUUCAGAUGAAUGCUAUUAUUCCUUACGAGACUGGACAUCCUCCAAUACGUUCAUAUCGGCUACGUCGACAUGCUACUGCCCUACAAUCACCAUACGUGGUACAACCGUCAAUCAAAUUUUCAGCGUCUUCAUCUGUAGCAAAGCAAGUUUUGGCAUAUGCAUUGGACGAUACACGUGAUGAAAGCCAAAUAUUAUGUUCCAUGCACAAUUUCUUCUUGACAAGGUUUGACUUGAAAUGCUUGGGACCCGACAAAUUGGUUGACAAUAAGGUUGUAACCAUGCAUUGUCGAAUUUUGAAUGGUAUGGAUAAAGAAAAUAGGAAGCAUUUCUUAUCUCCAAACUUUGUGUCUGAUGUGGAAAACAAGAGGGGUUCCUUAUCUCCAAAAUACAUAUGUGACAAUUUAUGGAAAUAUUUCAAAAAUACUCGGUUGUGCACAUAUGAACAGUUGUUCAUACCAAUAUGCAGGAAAAAUCAUUGGUAUUUAAUCAUUUUGAAUAUUCAUGCGAAAAGAAUCGAGUUGUUGGAUUCAUUAAUUGACGGAAGGAAAAAACGGAUGGAUGCCUUCAUAGAGAAACUGGUGAACGUUUUGUCAACUGUCAUUGGGAUUUAA